AUGUCAGAGAUAAGCUUUUUGAACCACCCAGACCUAUCGUACAACCAUUUGUCUGGGAAAAUUCCUUUAAGCACUCAACUACAAAGCUUUAAUGCAUCUUCUUUUGCUGGAAACCCGGCACUUUGUGGGCUUCCACUUUCACAAAAGUGCUGGCUAGGUGAACAAACACCAAACCAAAGUGAAGCUAUUGAGGAAUAUGGAGAUGAGUUUUGGAAAUGGUUUUAUGGCACAACAGGAUUUGGAUUUGUGGUAGGAUUUUUGGGUGUUUGCGGUUCUUUGUUGCUAAAGGAUUCAUGGAGACAUGCCUAUUUCUUGUUAUUCGAGAAAAUGAAGGAUUGGCUGUGUGUAAGAAUGGCAGUAAACAUGGCAAGAUUGCGGAGGAAGUUUCAGAGGCCUCGAUGA